CCUACAUGUAUGUAGUACAUGUAUGUAUCUAAUACCUUAGUUAUGUAUUUAGCAUUUACAUUACAUUAUGUAGUUAUACCCAGUACAUAUGUAAGUAUUUGAUAACUUCACCCAAGCUUGAAGAUCGCAAACGAGGCAGCAGACUAUAUACGAUGGACGAUUUUCGGAUCUUCACAUCUAUACGAUAUGAUCCUACUCUUUUAAAAGCCCCAGAAUUAGGAUAUGUCAAUACCGGAUGGAAUCAGAAGUCUUCCCCCUUCUAUAUGCUUGACUUACACCGAGACCGCAUGCUAAGAGCUGCCGUCUACUGGCAAUGGUCAGCCGCAGUCGCCGUCGUUUCUGGCGAAGAAGGCUUGGAGAACCUGCAAAGGUUUCUUCAGGGCAUUACUAGCGGAAUUGGCAACAGCCCGCAUCGAAUAAUGCUUAGCCUAGCUCGGGACGGGACUCUAGAUUAUCAAACCUCUCCUCUUCCAGAGACACAUCUGAAUAACCUAUAUCCAGAAUAUCUACCGAGCAUAGAUCGUAAAGACUUAGCCGAAGGAGGAGAUGACAAGGUUCCAAUCAAGGAUCCUACAUACGACAUCUUCCUCGAUAGUCAGAAGACUUCAAAAUCCGAGUUCACUCAUUAUAAAACUACUUUCAGAGACAUGUAUAAUGAUGCAAGGAGACGGGCUCAAAUAAAGCUGGGCGAUAGGAAAGAAGUGCUCCUCGUCAACGAUGAUGGGCAUAUUAUGGAGGGUAGUAUUAGUACCCCCUAUUUCUGGAGAGGCGGAAAAUGGGUCACUCCUCCUAUUCCCACUCAAUAUCGCGUUUCUGAAGGGAGCGGUGGAAAUAACGGCACAACAAGAAGAUGGGCUUUAGAGAGGAAUCUCGUUGUCGAGCAAGUCGUUCUUGCAGAUUCGCUAGUCAACGGCGAAGAAUGCUGGAUAAGUAACGGUCUUCGAGGGUUCAUUUUUGGAAGAGUGAUGCUAUAAUGAAUCAUAAUUCUUAUUAUAGACUAUCUAGGCGAUCUAUUCGAUAUAACUAGAUAGAGAUAUCUUAAGAAGGUAGAGACAAACCUUCAAAUAUAUUAUUAUAUCUAUAACAAUCUGCUAGACGAGGUUCUUGAGGAAAUGGCAUUUAAAAAUACAUCGAAAGAAAUGCGCAGGUGGUAUACGAAAGAUGAAACUAUAGGUGGCACCCUGACACUUGAC